CGGCGGUUAGUUGUCCUUUACCAUCUCAGUACAAACUACACCAAAGUAAAAGAUGUCUGAAACUAGAUUGUUUAUAGGGCGUAUUCCUCCUCAAGCUACUCGUGAGGACCUGGAGGACUUUUUCAAAGGCUACGGCCGUAUCCUUGACUGUAAAGUUAUGAAUGGUUUUGGAUUCAUUGAGCUUGAAGAUGCUCGUGACGCUCGGGAUAUAGUGAAUGAUUUCCCAGGAAAGGAAUUUAUGGGCAGUCAAAUUGUUGUAGAGCCUGCUCGUGGUGAAAGAAGAAGAAGAGAAAACUUCCGUGAAACUGCUGCUUCUAAAUACCCUCGUCCACGUCGUACUGGUUAUCGUCUAAUUGUCGAAAACUUAUCUGAAGAAGUUAGCUGGCAGGAUUUGAAGGAUGUAAUGAGACAAGCCGGUGAACCAACUUUCACUGACGCUCACCGCCAAAAUCCUGGUUUUGGCGUUGUUGAAUUUUCUACUGAAGAUGAUAUGAGAAGUGCUCUUACAAAUCUCAAUGGUGAAGAAAUUAAGGGUGCUGCAAUUGCUUUGCGUGAGGACCCUAAUGCUCCCAAUGAACCUCUUCCCGAAGGUCCAGGUUUCCGCUCUAGGUCUCCUCCUCCUCGUCGUCGUUACCCUACCGAUAAUCGUAGAGGAUUUGCCCGUCGUGAUACCUAUCGCCCUGCCAGAGAUGAUGAUCGUCGCUAUAUUCCUCGACGUGGUAGCCGCGACAGUCGCGACAGUUUCCGCCGUGGAGGACGUGAUGAUUACAGACGUGGCCCUCGUCGUGAUGAUUAUCGCAGACCCAGAGCCGAUGAAUAUCGCCCUGGUCGUGAUGAUUCUUAUCGUCCUGAACGUGAUGACUCUUAUCGCCCUGAACGUGAUGAUUCCUAUCGCCGUCGUGAUGACUAUCCUACCCGUGAUGAAGAAUAUGGUCGUGAUGCUUAUGAGCGUAGCCCUUCUCCCCGCCGUGAACGCAGUCGUUCUCCCAGAUAUGCGGAUGAAUAUAACUCUUACCCUCCACCUCCUGCUUCGGAAAUGCAGCAAUCCAACAACCCUCCAAGCUAUCCUGAGGAAUCAGCUAAUCCAGUCUCUGCUGGAAAUGGUGAAGGUCAAGUUGCUGCUGAAUGGUAAAUUUAGACAUUUGGUUUCAUUUUAAAAUCAUUUAUGAUACAUUUGUUAGUAUUCCUACUUGUUGCUCUGAUAUCCUUAUUUUGCUUGAAUUAAUAUUCUCUUGAGGCUGGAAUAUUGGAUGUUUCACUCAAAAUGAUCAUGGAUUAAUCGUAAUAUUUCAUUCGUGUAGUACCUUUAUACCACUUCCUUUGUAUUGGAAUCUUCAAUUUUGGUUACUCAUUUAUGCUGAACGUUCUUUACUUCUUUACUUCAUACAUUUCUCAUGGUAUAAAAGUUUUAAUUGUCAAGCGUAUGUUGCAUGUUUGUGUUUCUUUUCGUUCUUUUCUGUAUGUUGAGUUGAUAAUAAAAUUUUGGAGAGUCUUGUGAUAUUCGGAAAGUGCAUUCUUGUGUUAUAGAGCAAUUCGAAUUGUCGUAGCGUUUUAACAAGUUGCUUUUACUAGCGAAAUUUUUACCCAUUGUUCAUAUCACCACCUUUAUUGACUACUAUCUACAUAAAAUUUGUAAUAAACGUUUUAAUAUUAAUGUAGUAAGAUCUUAUAUGCCUUGAAGUCGUACG